CCACUGUGCCGCUUCAUUGCGAGAGCGCCGUUUCAAUCGCGGAAAGAUAAAAGAAAACGAGGGCCUCACAACUCCGCGAAAGUGGCGUUGUGUGCUGAGAGAGUGAAGUUGUUGGUCGUACGCGGUGUGAACAGGCUGUGCGUGUGCACGUUUCAGCGCUUCAACGCGUAAUUAGCUAGUUAGGUUGGUGUACGCCGUACCGCAGAACGGUGCCGUCAUUCCCAAAAUCGUCGUCGGCGGAUGCAGUUUGGUUGCAUUCGCGAGAAGCAUCAGUUACGCACACUGACACGCGGAAGUGUACGUUUCAAUACGGUGUGCGAGGUGAUUAGCAAAGCAGACAUUCCGAUCAACAUAACCAGCAGCAGCAGCACCAGCAGCAGCAACAACAGCUAACACACACACACACAGACAACAAAUCGUUAAGAGCAGAAAUCGUUUCUUCUCGGGGCCAUGUCCGGUCCGGAAACUGUUGCUUCAUCAGCGCCCCCAACCAUGGACGACCAGCCAUCAUCGUCCGGCAGCCUGCUGUACGACAUCGUGUACGAAAUCGUCAGCAGCCCGGUCAACCUGGCGCUGGUCGGCAUCAUCUCCUUCCUGCUGUACAAGAUCAGCAAAAGCCGCCAGCCGCCGGCAACACUGCCCCCGCCGCCGCCCGAGCUGCCCCGAUUGCGCCGCGACUUUACCGUCGCCGAGCUGAAGCACUACGACGGUACGCAACCGGACGGGCGCGUACUAACCGCCGUCAACGGUAACGUGUACGAUGUGACCAAGGGCAAGGCUUUCUACGGUCCAGGUGGAACGUACGCAGUAUUCGGUGGCCGUGAUGCGUCUCGCGGGCUGGCUACAUUCCAAAUCACCAGCUCGAUUAGCGAUGAGUAUGACGACCUGAGCGAUCUCAACUCGCACGAGAUGGAAUCGAUGCGCGAAUGGGAAAUGCAAUUCAAGGAAAAGUACUAUCUCGUCGGACGUUUGCUAAGACCGGGUGAAAAGCCGACAAACUACUCCGACGAGGAUGAAGAUACACCUACGGACAGUUCUGAGGUGCGGAAGCGUACGGCGACGCAAACCGCGGAAGGAUCAACCUCCUCCGGCGCUGCGGAUGCACCAUCAUCGUCACCGCACGAGAAAGAACCGAGCGUCGACAGUAAGGCACCGGGUGAUGGCGCAGCAUCAGCGGACGGUACCGAGUCGGACAAGCCGAAAGCCGAGUGACGAUCCCCCCUGCCCGUAAAGAAAUGUUCACCGUUGCAGCCCGAUACGCUGAUUGACGAUAUGCUUGCCAACCGCAUGAAAGUCAACAGCCAAAUGCAACGGCAGCACCGGUUGCAGCAACAAACCCAUUCGCAUCAACUAAAUCACCGCCACCAGAAGCCUGACCAAGCGUUAACCGACCGUGACGCAAACGUGUGCUGCUACACUGAGCUGGAUAGCGUUGCCGGAAGUGCGGACGCAUCGUUGCGCCGCAGGGCAAAGCGAACGACGCAGCAGAAAGAAUUCCAGCAGCUGUCGCCUAGUCCUAGUGACAGCGCACAUCCACAGGGUAGCAGCAGUAGUAGAAGUAGUAGUAGUAGCAGUAACAGCAGUAGUACAACGGCAGCAGCAAUAGGAGGGCACAACAAAGCAUAUGAUAGCGAUGACAGUCCGGGAAGCAGCGAGAACAACGAUCGGCCUUACACUAAUAGCAUGUCCAUCGGGGAACGGUUGCGUUACGAUCAGCAUUCGAUUUGCGACAUGUUUGGAUUCUGAAGCUUACGCCCCUCCUGCACCUCCAUUCCCUUUCCGCUCGGCGUAUCAGUUGCACUGUAGCACGGGGAAUGCGUUACUUAUAGUUUAGGCUCGUUGAUCAUUACCCGGGUGGGUAAGGCAAGCUUAGGAGGUAUUAUUCCACCAUUCAAUUCAUCAACAACAUCUGUUUAAUCACAAAACACACACACACACAAACAUAUAUAUACAUAGAGAAAGUGCCGCGCGAUUAUUUGCUUGGAACAAAAUUAGGGUUUGACCUGCCGAUGGUUUUCGCUUUAGAGUGAUUACAAUUUAUUUCCUUCAUACCUUCAACCUUACAUUGUCCUUCGUUUCUCCGAAGCUCAUCUUCGGAUUUUGGGCUAAACCCCCCCCCCCGCGGUAACGGCUGUUACGUAGGUGGCGCGUAACGCCCACCAUACACUUUUCUUUUAAUACCUUAUUGAAUCAUUCGGACUAUAAAGAGAUACGAUAAUAUCCUUCAUUAUGAGAACUGAAGCGUGUGCUGGAAUCCUUUGUAACGGAAUUGAUCGCAACGGUGGCUUGCGCAACCAAGUUGAGCCUCCCACAAAUGGCGAUAUAAGCCUGCUGAUAGUAGCCUUUCGGAUCUUUACAGGAGCAGGAUGGGACAGAAACCACUUCAGGACCAGCCUUUGGCUCACCAGGGACUCCGGGGGGAGAGGCUGCUUCGGCGCCACAGGAUUGGGAAUCCAAGUCGGAACUUACAGAUAUAGAGAUAGAGAUAUAUAUACAAGCACACUCGUGCAAUAAAGAAAGUUUGUACAGUAAGGAAAAAAGAGCAGAAAAUAGGUAGGGAGAGAGAAAAGGGGGGAGGGAGGGGCACUUCACAAACCGAUCCAGUCAGAUGUCCUAGUUUUUUUUCUUUCGUUCACGCGGCAUGUCGAUUGCCCUAGAAGAAGAGCAAUUGUCAAUUGUUUAAUUUUAAGUGGGGCAUUUGUGAGCGUUUGGGGGGUUUCUUUAGAUAUGGUUUUGUCGUUUUACGUCAGAUGCUUCAAUUUUCCAACAACAACAAAAAAAGUAGUUGCGUAUAGGCUUAGGUCCUGACCAUUCUGUGCAGGUUUCUCAUCUCUUUUUGUUUUCACGGCCGAACAUCAACCCGAGACGCUGCUUCUCGUUUUAGGGCAGUACCACCUCGAAGAGACGUGCCCGUCUUUCUUGACUUGAGUAUAUACCUGUAGAAGUUGAGUGGGUUGAGUGGGUCCGGUGCCGUGUCAUCAUCCCGGCCUUAAGUGAUCCUUGAUGGGCUCCUUGCGUGUAUGCCUCGAAGUACCAUCGCGAAAGGGGAGGACGAGUAUCAGUGCAUCUUCGGUGAUUUUUUUCCAUUUGUUUUUAAACUCCAUUUUCGCUUCGUCUUUAUUGCGUCUGUAUAUCGUUUUUUUUUAUAUAUAUAAUGUUUAUCUUUUGUGGAUGUGGUGCUCAUUAAUUUGAGUGGGCUAAAGAAAAUAUAACACUGCAUAAUGUGUACGGGAGUAACGAAUAGUACUGGUCCGCAGGUAGCACGGACGCUGUGUAGAUGCGAAUCUGAACGAGGGGGAAAGAAUUGGAAGACUAUGAGAAAUGUUCUUGGGGGUUAAACAUCAUCUGGCGAAGAUUGUUGUCACAUCUUCCCUUCUAAUGAUCCACGUAUGUAUUAAUUUCAAUAAUUUCUUCAACGCCCGGUUCGAUAUCAGUUGAUUUUCGCUUUGUAAAAUCUUUCGACUUAUUAUUGAAACGAGAACAAAAACCAGAGUUGUACUUACUGACCUUAGGUGUCAGCAUAUACAGGAAUGAAAAGACAUUUUUGGUAAAUUAAGGUGAAUGUGGUUUUGUUAUAUAUAUUUGGUUUUUUACAUUAAAAUGGCUUAGCUAUAUGUGCGUGUGUCGGUGUGUGUGUGCGUGUGAUAUCUUUUUUUAGCAUAUUAACAUAGCUUUAACAUAUGUCUCGAUGUUACACGCAAUUGUACUAAGCGCAAACAUGUUGGCACUUUAACCCCAUUCGUUGUCGUGUGCUGCAGAGGACUUCCUCCGCAGAGUGAAAAGGUUGAGGAACGGGAUUUAUUCAAGAAAAUGCACAAAGUGUUGUGAUUUUUCAAAUUCAUUGAAUUUGUAACAUUUUGAUAAAUGAGCUAAGUGGGGGUGGUAAAAGAAAAGCACGAAACCUUCAUCCCCCCACCCCCUAAAACCCCGAGGGAACGUAAACUAUAUAAAGUCAAAUGCAGAACAGAUAAGGACAAGAAUGCACCUGCAACGCUCUGCAGUGAAAAGCUCUUACAGCAUUGAAAGGAAAGGCAAAUGGUUACAAGAAAUAAGGACAAGCGGCUAGCCAAGGGUAUGGAAAGGAGGUGUGUGUAACGACGAAGCAAAAUGAAUUGAUUAUUGUUACAGAGAGCAGUAAAAGAAAGAUAGAGCUGCAUGGAAGCUGUAACUGGCUAAUCUUUAGACGGAUUUGGUGGAGGUUUUUUUUUUUUUAUAAAUGCAACACGGGGUAAGAUUUGUUGCAUUUUUAUUAUUAUUAUUAUCUCCCGGCAAUAGACCUUCUAGUGGUUCAGUUUGUUAAGAAUAAAAAUAUUAAAAAAAAAACACAGCCACAACUAUACUUAGAGCUCGAUAUUUUAGGUAUCCCGGAUAUUGUUUUGUGCAUAAAAAGUGGUAUCAUGAAUAAAGCUCGUGAUAUGAUGGGUGUUGGUAAUAAAUAAA